AUGAUUGGUUCAUCACAAGAUGUAUCGUCCAAUGAUGUGAUGUUUGGCAGUAUCCGUGGCGAUGUUGUUGGAAUUCAACAUUAUAAAGGAACAGUGAAUAAUGGAGAAAUGGUCACAUUACAGAGAGAACCACAGAAUGUGUACGAUAAGAAUGCUAUUAGAGUUGUAAACAUGGAUAGUCAACAAGUUGGUCAUAUUAAACGAGAACUGGCCAAACCCCUGGCUUUUAUACUGGAUAAUAAGCUAGCACGAGUUGAAGGAGUCGUUCCUAGUGGUAAGAAUAAUGCAUAUAAAAUACCAAUAGAGAUAACAUUGUGGGGAGACGUUGAGAAGAAGAAUGAGGCGUUGUCUGUUUUACGAUCCCACGGUUUUACUCCACGAGAUAAUUCUGUUGGUGCCUCGUCCAGUCAAGCCUCAGGCAGUCAGCCAGGUCUAGAUUACAGUCAUGUUGUAUCCAACAGAGUUUUUCUCUCACCAAGUGAGGUUCGAAAUGAAAUGGAUAAACUAUUUGAUACUUUAGAAGAAGGAGAUAAAACCACCAUGACUGAACCUACACAGGCUAUAAGAACACCGCUAUACCCCCAUCAGAAACAGGCGUUAAACUGGAUGAUAUGUAAGGAGAAUAAUGAAGCGUUACCACCGUUCUGGGAGAAACGAGGACAGCGUUAUUACAAUAGUUUAACAGUAUAUACUACUUCUCAUAGACCAUCUACAGUUCACGGAGGUAUUUUAGCAGACGACAUGGGACUCGGAAAAACUCUGGAAGUUAUCUCCCUUAUUUUAACCAAUUUUCAUGAUGGUCAGCCAUUGGCUGUACCAGUUGCAGGUAGAAAUCGUUUUGGCCAACAGUCAAAAUCAAAAACCAAAACUAAAACUAAGGCCAGUACGUCAGCAUCAGAAACCAACCAAUCAGACUGGGAUAAAUUCGACCAAUGUCUCGCUAACCCAGAAAAUUAUAUCGAAGAUUCCGACGAGGAAGAAGAACGAAAGGCAGCAGAAACUCUGAGAAUAUUUCAAAGUAAAGUUCCGAAAUUUGUCAUUAAACCAUUUGGUUCCAGUUCAGAAUCUGACUCAAAAUCUGAGUUGAAGAAACAGUCGCGAAGUGUCGUUAACGAUGCUAAUGAUGAUAUUAAAAGUGCUAGACCCAGAAAUAAAUCAGGAAAAAGGAUGGUGAUCGAAAGUGAUGAAGAUUCUAAUAGUGCUCCAUGUAUAAACUUAACAUCACAUAGUGCUAAACAUAAUGACAUGGUUGCUACUGACAACAGACAAGUUCGGACGGCUGCCGACAUUUUAACCAAAUCAAACAAACCACGAACAACUCUUAUAGUCUGUCCACUGUCUGUUAUGAACAACUGGCUGAGUCAAUUAGAAGAACAUGUAAGAGAAGAUGUAGAAUUAGAAAUUUAUACAUACUACGGUAAUGGUCGUACUACUGAUAGUAAAUUAUUAGAGAGUCAAGAUAUUGUUAUUUCUACUUAUGGUACUAUAUCUGCUGAUUUUAAGGGUAGAAAUCCAUUACGUAAAGUUCACUGGUUAAGAAUAAUUCUCGAUGAAGGACAUUAUAUCAGAAAUUCCCACACGUUGAUGGCCAAGGCUAUAACAGAUUUGAAAGCUGACAGAAAAUGGGUUUUGACAGGAACACCUAUUCAGAAUUCCAUCAAAGAUUUAUAUUCACUGGUUAAUUUCCUGAAUAUCAGUCCCCUGACGGAAUCAUCAUGGUGGAAACGAACUAUUGAACGUCCUAUAGCUCAGGGACAUGAGUCAGCUAUCAAACGUGUUCGAGCGUUGGUGGCGAAUAUUGGACUGAGACGAACGAAGAAUCAACAAGUUAACGGUAAACCAUUGGUUGAACUACCAGCUAGAAAUGUAUUUAUAGAAACAAUCAAAUUCUCGGAUGAAGAACGACAAGUUUAUAAUGAUAUGCAGACUGAGGGAAAACUUAUUAUUAGCAGAUAUUUUCAACAGGGGACAUUACUCCAUCAUUACAGCCAAGUUUUAGUUAUUUUAUUACGACUUCGUCAACUCUGUUGUCAUCCAUUAUUAUGUUCUAAAGCUGCGUUAGAUGGAGGUAAUAACGUAUUAGAUGAUGAAAUGAAGAAGAAAUUAAUCUCUGCUCUGUUAGCGGUGUUAAAUUCUGGUUCUGAUGAGGAGUGUCCGAUUUGUUUAGACAGUCUAAAACACCCUGUUAUAACGCCCUGUGCUCAUGUUUAUUGUCGUACCUGUAUUGAAAACGUCAUACAACAAAAUAACACGAUGAUGGCACCAUGUCCGAUGUGUCGAGGAGAAAUAAAAGUAGACAAGUUGAUAGAAAUUCCUGAAAAUCAACUGCAGGAACCAGAGACACCCGUAGUUACUGAUGAAAACUGGCAAUCCAGUAGCAAGGUUGACGCGUUAAUGAAAGCUGUAGUUCAACAACGUAUUGAUGACCCUACUGUUAAAAGUAUCAUAGUUUCACAGUUUACAUCUCUACUGACUCUUAUUGAGGUACCAUUGAGAUUAAAUGGUUUUAAGUUUGCUCGACUAGAUGGUAAAAUGACUAACAAGAAGAGAGUUGAUAAUAUAGAGAUGUUUAUGGACCCAUCACCCGACUCUCCUACCAUAUUUCUACUGUCACUGAAGGCUGGAGGAGUUGGACUUAAUCUUACGGCAGCCAGUCGCGUCUUUCUUAUGGAUCCUGCGUGGAAUCCAGCAGCAGAAGAACAGUGUUUUGAUCGCUGUCAUAGAUUAGGACAAAAACGUGAUGUUAACAUUACAAAGUUCCUGGUAGAAGACUCAGUAGAAGAAAGAAUGUUGGCACUACAGGAGAAAAAACGAGCCUUGAUGACUGGAGCAUUCAGUAAAAAACAAUCAGCUGAUGAACGUCGAGCAGACAGAAUUAAUGAAAUUAAAACAUUGUUAGAAUUGUAG